AUGCAGUUCACUCGCAUCUUUGCCGCUACUGCCGUUGUCGCCGCCUCGGUGGCCAUGGCCUCGCCUGCCGCGCAGGCCCCUGUUGUCGCUGACGCCGGCCUCCAGCGCCGCUCGAACAGCAGCAAGCCCUGCGGCGGUGGUCUCCUUGGCGUCCUUGACAACGUUCUCGAGGAGAUCGUGCCCGAAGUCAAGCCUCUCCUCAAGGGCCUUGAUGCUACCGAGGACCAGAUUGGCAAGGCCAUUCCUCUCGUUGGCGACCUCCUUGACCUCCUCAAGGAAAUCUGCGUCGGUUAA